CAAAGCAGUCACACUGGAUUUCUGCUCAGUUGCGCUUCAGACGACGCUUCAGUGAGGUCCCGUUUUACAGUGAUUGCAUUACCUUGAUUUUGUGGCGUAGUUUAAUUUGUGGUGAAAAGUGACAUCGUUUUAAACGCAACAAUGGCUGGACUUAAUACUAAACUGUUUUCCGAACGGGUCGGACAAAUCAAAAUCUUUUCAAUUAUUCUCGGGAUUGUCGCCGUAAUUCUGGCUGCGGAUCAUUAUGCGACCAACAUCACGGAGGAGAAAGCCUUCUGGUGGAGUAUCGUCGUUUGCACGAUCAUUUCCAUCAUCCUCGCAGUUUUCUCCCUUUUUGGAAUGAUGGAUAACGAGCAUCUUCAGAAAUUUGAUAAAAUUUACCACGCCCUGGCCGCCAUUCUGCUCAUUAUCACGGCCUGUUUCUUCAUCGUUAGUGUCGAUAAGGACAGUGGAGUUUGGAAAUCGUACUACGAAAGGAGGGCGGCAGCAGGGGGCUUCGGUCUCAUAUUUGGCGUCGUUUGUGGAUACAUUGGAUGGUUUCUGUUCUAAAUAAGGGAAAAUUCAAUUUUCGAAAAAAAAAAUCAGAUCCCAUUUUAUUUUCAUAAACGCCCCAAAAAAAACCCAACGCCAGUUUUUUUUGUCACAAAACUUAACCAAUCUCCAGUCCAGAUCUGAAGAAAUUUACGUUUUAUUUUCAUAAACGCCCCAAAAAAAACGACGCCAUUUUUUUGUAAAGCAGUUGUUUCGUCACAAAAAUUUACAUAACGAAUCUCCAGCCCAGAUCUGAAUUAGAAAUUUUAGUUUAGAUUGUUUGUAUUUACAGCUUUUUAAUAUGGAUAAAUAAUAAUUAAAAUAAUUAUCAGUUUUAAAUGUACAUAGUUAAUUUAACUUAACUACACUUACAUACACCAUUAUUUACUUGCUUAUUUGGUAAUAAUAAGUACUGCCAAAACCAUAUUUAGCCACGAGGAAGUAAAUAUGAAACUUCAAGGUACAACUAAUACCAAUUUAUCCUAGUUAGUUAGUUAACUUAAAUAUAAACGUGACUAACAUUUUAUAUUUAAACUUGACACUGACGAUAAUUAGCUGUAUGUAUGUACAAGUGCCCAUUAGUUGUUGAGAAGUUUGGCUAAAUGGUGAGUUAAUAAAGCACACAAGACAACAUGA